UGAAGCCCUAGGGGGUGGAGAGGCCAAUGGGAUUUAAGGGGGUUUAAUCAUCAUAGCACCACCUCUGGCAGGGGUUGGGCUGCUGGGCAGGGAAUGAGGAAACCACAAAUCAUCCCCCCUGACCUGUCCUGCUGGAUCUGUCUCAGCUUUCAGAUCAGCUGGGGAGUCUGGAGCAGUGAGGGGAGCCAGGGCCAGGAUCCCCACCCCCGCUCGGCAUUGCUGCUGCUGAAUUGACUCAGUCAGCCCAAGAGGAGUGGAUCCCAGCCCAGCACCUGCAGCAGCGUCUGUAGCCCGAGUGUCAAUGAGAGAGACAUUGGGGCCAGCAACUGGGGCUGCUGAGAGGGAAGAGCCGCUGCAGGGGAGAGUUAACGGCAAUGGACACCAGGAGACUGGAUGGUGGCCAGAACCUCGUCGUAAUGGCAAGAAAUGCGCAGUCGCCCUCGCAGCCGCUGUGUUCUUAGGUCUCAUCAUCACUGUUAUUGUCCUGGCAGUGUUGUUAUCUGAGCGUUCUUCAGCUGUUCUCAGCCCCUGGUGCCCUGCGUGCCCAGACGGCUGGAUCGGGUACCGAGGGAAAUGCUACUAUUUCUCUGAGGCCAAAGGGAACUGGACCUACAGCCAGAGCAACUGCUUUUCCCUUGGUGCCUCCCUGGCUGCGAUCGACACCCAGCAGGACCUGGCUUUCCUGCUGCGCUAUAAAGGCAAAUUUGACCACUGGAUUGGCCUCCAGAGGGACCCGGGGCAACCCUGGAAAUGGGUCAAUGGCACCGAAUUCAACCACCUGUUUCCGAUAACAGCAGAUGGUGACUGCGCGUAUCUGACUGAGAAUGGGGUCAGCAGCUUGCGGUGCACCAGCGAGAGACACUGGAUCUGCACCAAUCCUGAUCCGUUUACAAAGGCGAAAGGGGGCUGAUAAGGGUAUUGUGGAAAUUAGCCCUGGAAAAACCUGGCUGUGAUCUCUGACCAUCGCAGCUGACAAAUUCCGGAAUAACAGGGAUUGCUCUGAGCACGAAAGACAAUUAUCUAUGUAACCUUUUCAAAUAUUUGCUGGGGGUGCAGCUAGGGGCCCAGCUACUGCUCCUGAAGCGUUUGCCUGGGGCUGCCUGAGCAGUGGCUGGUGCGGCUGGCCCCGGAGCUGCUCGGGUGGCCCUGGGGUCAGCUGCACCGGGCCACUGCAGAAUCAUGGAAAGUCACAAUCUGUGAUUUCCAUGACCUCUGUGAAAGACUCGCAGUCUUACUCAAGGGACACCUAGUACCUGGUAUGUAGGAGUAAGGGGAGAGAGACCUCUGCUCACUCCCUUCCUGGAGCCCAGUGGGUUAGAGGGCAGGGAGUGGGUAGGUGUG